AUGGCAGCGACCGAUUCAGCCCUUCAAGACCCUCUACUCUCACUCCGGCGCGCCAUUGCCGCCGGCAGCCUCCCAACACCGACUACGUCCUCCGAGCUGUCAGACCAGCAUGCGACAGACAACCUGGCCGAGGCGACACACCUGUACUUUUCACAGCCACUCCCGCAGACUUUUUCUUUGACAGAGCCGACGCGCUUUGUCUCCAACACGACUGAAACCGCCGUCGAUUUGCGCAGUAUCUUCUUCGCGUGGCAGAAGAAGGAUGUUGCGAUUCCGGAGUACAUCGCCUCUGCGCAGGAGCUAAAUGAGGCGCUUAAGCAGAAGGAGCCACAAGAGGGCGGGAAGGAAGAGGUCGUUCAGAACCUUGUUUUCGUGGAACGUCUGGAUCUGAUCACCUGGCUGGAAGGUGCUUCCGAUGAGAGUGAGCACAUCAAGCCACUCGAAGGCGCUGUUGCCGCUGCUGAGGCCGCCGCUGCAGCUGCAGGUCAGGUCCAGGCGGAGGCUGCCGCCGGCGUGGCCUCUGGUGCUGUGGGAGGCAUUUCAACAGUGCCCAGUGGAGCAGCUGCGGCACCUGGCCAGGCUGGUCGCCCGCAGAAGCAGAUUGACCCUCGUCUGCAGGAGAUUUACAAUGGAGAGCGCAAGACGGGGGAUCGGAAUACAGUACUUCGGGGAAUUAAGCCAGGUGACUUCUCCCACGUCCGGAAAAGCGCCGCUGUCUUCUUCGACCGCAACCGCGAUCGCGCCGGCCAGCCCGGCGCCAAACCCGGCACCAAGCCCUCGUCAAUGGUCCCCGCGCCCUCCGCCGGCUUGUCCAUGUCAUCUCGCAAGUCGAGCUCGCGCCCCGACCCAAUCAUUCUCCUCUCUCCCUCCGCCUCCUCCCUCAUCCGCAUGUCGAACAUCAAAUCCUUCCUCCAAGACGGCAUCUUCGUGCCACCAGACCACCCAACCCUCAGCAUGUCCACCGAGGCCAACUUCAUGGAACUCAAACGCCCGCUGCGCCUCAAGAACGAUCCGUCCAAUCCCUCCGCCAACGCCAUCGGCUCGGCCACCGGCGGCCGCGGGCCCAAGCCUACGAAGUUCAUCCUUGUCGAUGGCACGACCAACUUCAAACCGGAGUACUGGUCGCGCCUCGUGGCUGUCUUCACCACUGGGCAGACCUGGCAGUUCAAGUCGUACAAGUGGUCCUCGCCGCCGGAGCUGUUCAAGCAUGCCACUGGUAUCUACGUCGGCUGGCGCGGCGACGACAUUCCAGCCACGGUCAAGGGCUGGGGCCGUGGGGUGGACAGCUUCGCUGUUGAGCGGUGGGAUGAGAAGGGCGGAGUCCAAGGUGGUGGACGCUGGCGGGAUCGGGAGGUUGUUGAGGGUAUCUGGACGGCCAUCGAGGAGGGCAUGAAACUUCGGGGAUGGGGAUCGAAAUAA